GGGGACGGGCCUCUGAGCAGAACCAGCUCCAGGAGCUUUGUCAUGGAGCGACACGGCAGCACGCUCCCCGGGCACCAAGACCAGGGUUAUUCCCAGAAGGAUUGUCCCAGCGCCCAGCCGGAGCAGAACGGAGAUUAUGGAGUCGGCAGGGGCAGGAGGAACGUGUUCCGAGGCCGGAGGAGGCGAGAAGACGACCGGGUUUCUAGACCUCAGCCUUCAGGAGAAACAAAGACACAGACACCAAAGUUUGACUUGCUAGCAUCAAAUUUCCCCCCUUUGCCUGGCAGCACAGCAAAAAUACCAGGAGAGCCUGUGCUGGAGAGCAGGAUGUCUGACGUUGUUAAAGGAGUCUGCAAGGAGAAGGAAAGCAAAGAUUUGCUGCCCAGCUCCCCGGCUCCUGCUCAGGAGGAACAGACGCACAGCACUGUCCCACAGCCCGUGGCAAGUGUGAGUUCACCAAGUCAGACUGAAGCCGUGGUGUUAAGCACAGCUCCUCAGCCAGACAGCAAGCCAGAAGAAGUGUCUGCUCAGAAAGACGUCGCAAGCCACGUGUCCCCCCCGGUGUCCGUGUCUCCGGUCAGCGCUGCGAAGCCGCCGAGGACAAAUCCCACCUCCCCUCCUGCUAAUGUGGGUGCAGCUCCUGCCGUGGCAGUGCAGGAGCCACGCAAGCUGAGCUAUGCUGAAGUUUGCCAGAAGCCCCCCAAGGAGCCUCCUCCGGUUCCCGUUCAGCCUCUUCGGGAGCAUCGCACCAACAUCGUUCCCCCUGCCAAAACGGAGGAGAACGGCGCGCCGGAGAAGGCGCCGGAGAGGGCUCAGGAGAAGGUGGAAGGUCGAAUGAAGGAUUAUUCGGGGUUCCGAGGCAACGGGCCUCCCCGGGGAGCUGCUGAAAAUCAGGGAACAGAGGCGCCAGUUUGGACGCAGAUCGUCGCCUCAGGGAGCACCUCGACGUAUCGGCAAGGAGCAGUACGUGCCACCCCGGUCACCAAAGUAACACUUGCCCAGCCAGUUAUUCUCUACAAUUUGAGCUGUGGACAAGUACGCAGCAAAGGAGACUGUGAGAAAGGAGUAUUCAUGAAGGGGAAUACAGAACUGGAGCGUGGCUUGUGUGGAAAAGUUUGUGGAGGGUCCCAAAAUUCAUCUCUGAAAGUGAUUUCGCAAAUGCUGGAGGAUUCCAAUCAAUAUAAAUAUAGAGAUUAUAAUUUUUGUAUUUUUUUGUUUUUAAUUUGCAGAGGGUUUUCUGCUUGAAAUCAGUUUUGGGGUUGUGAAACUAGAGUUUGGACGAAGUGAAAGAAUAUGAAUUGACAAAUUUAACCUGUCCCUCAGCAUAGGAGGAAAAGGAUAAGAGAAUAUUAUUUUUUGAAAAAUGAGCGUUUCUGUAAAAUUAGAACUUUUUUUAACCUAUUUAACAUUUGGCUUGUUGGAUGAUGUGUCUGCCGUUGAUGGCCUUGCACUGCAGAGCACAUCUGCAGCUGAGGUGCUUGGUCGGUGUGAGUGGAGUGAGUGCAGCCAGAAACUGUUGUCAGGACUUGGUCACUGAUGAGAAAAACUGAAUGUACUACUGUAGUAAACUUUGUGUUUCCAGUUUGAAGUAGAGUCUCUUGACCUUACUAAUAAUUGGUUCGGCAAGCUU